AUGAAUGCAGAUUUAGCAGAUUCUGAUAUUGAUAUUAAUCUUGAUGAGCUGGAUGGUAUUUUAACAUUUGAAGACAGUGACAACGAUUUAACAGAUGAUAUCAAUAUCAAUGAUUUGAAUGAUGGUAUGGAUGCUAUUUCUCUACAUGUUGAUCUAGGGAGAGAUGACAGAGGUAGUGAAUAUGAUGGUAUGGAUGCUAUUUCUCUAUAUGAUGAAAUUCUUGAUAAAGAAGAUGAGAUUUGGGUAGAAGAUGAAGCUCAAGAGAGUGUGUUUAAUGAAAUGGAAAAUAUUCACUCUAGUGAUAGUGAUGAGGAAAGAAGGACAAUGUGGCAUGUGUUCAAUGCUGAGAGAGAUAUGAAGAACCCAAAGUUCCAUCAUGGGAUGUUAUUUACAAACAAGGAAGUGUUGAAGCAGACUAUUAAACAAUAUGGCAUUGUAAACAAGUAUAAUGUUAAAGUUGUGAGGGAUGAAAAAGAUAGGAUUAAUGCUAAAUGUUUGAACGGUGAAGGGUGGAUGAUUAGAGCAUCUAUUAACAAAAAAGAGAAUGCAUUACAGAUAAAGAAGUUGAAAGACAAUCACAGAUGUGCUGCAGAGAUUCCUCAGAAAUAUAUCACAUAUAAAUGGUUGAGUGAAACUUACAGAGAACACCUACGAGCAGAUCCUAAAUUGUCUUCUAAAUCUAUGGCCCAUCAGCUGGAGGUGGACUUUAAAGCAAAAACAGGUAGAUUAAAGCUUUGGAGAGCAAAAAAGCAUGCUUUAGAGAAACUUAGAAGAUCAGAGGCUGAGCAGUAUGGCAAACUAAGGGAUUAUGCAGAGGAGUUGAAAAAAACUAACCCCAAUAGUAGUGUCUUUAUAUGGUCUGAUCACCUUAUUUUUCAAAACAUGUAUGUAUGUAUUGAUGCUUGUAAAAGAGGUUUCUUAGCUGGUUGUAGGCCUUUAGUAGGACUAGAUGGUUGUUUUCUGAAAGGUAGAUACAAGGCGCAACUCCUUGUAGCUUUAGGAAUUGAUCCAAAUGACUGCAUAUUCCCCAUUGCAUAUGGGGUUGUGGAUGUUGAAAGCAGAGAAUCAUGGACUUGGUUUGUGAGGAACUUGUCCAUUGAUUUGAAUAUUGAAAAUUCAGGCUCUUGGACAUUUAUGAGUGAUAAAGAAAAGGGAUUAAUUGCUGCUUUAGAUGAACUUAUGCCACAUGCAGAAAAGAGAUGCUGUCAAAGGCAACAUAUCAAGCUGAAUGUUUCUAGGAGGAUGGCUCUUAUAAAGAAAGAAGAUAUCAAGGCAUGGGAGUGGCUUUUUAAUAAGCCUCCUCAAAAUUGGUCUAAAUCACACUUCAGAGAUUUUUCCAAAUGUGACAUUCUCCUAAACAAUCAUAGUGAGAGUUUUAACAGCUAUAUUUUAGAAGCAAGAGAUCAACCAAUUCUUACUAUGUUAGAAGAGAUAAGAAUGAAGUUAAUGAAAAGAAUGUGUAUGAAAAAGAAGGUGGCUGAAAAGUACAUUGGAUCCAUUUGUCCCAAGAUUGUCAAGAAGCUUGAGAAGUAUAAGGGAUUGUCUUCUAAUUGUUGGGCAACAGAAGCCGGUGCUAGAAAAUAUAGUGUUGCUAUCUGGGAAAAGAUAUAUGUGGUUGAUCUAGAGGCUUGGACAUGUAGUUGUCGCCAAUGGCAGCUUUAUGGGAUACCUUGCCAGCACACCAUUCCUUGUAUUUUACAAGAAAGGAGAAAUCCAGAGGAAUUUGUACAUGGAUAUUACACUGUAGAUAGAUUCAAGGCUGCAUAUGAAUAUGUCAUAAAUCCUCUUAGAGAUAUAGAUGAUUAUGAACCUUCAGGUUAUCUCCCUGUGCAACCACCCCCAGUGAAUCCUAAGAAAGGAAGAAUGCAAAAGCGCAGGAGAAAAACAAUAGAUGAGCAGAUCUGCAAGGUAGCUACAGAUGGAACAAAAAUUGUGGCCAAUACAAGACAAAUAAAGGGGAAUUGUUCUAAGUGUGGAGGCCAAGGACAUAACAAAAGGACUUGUGGCAGACAAAUUUCUGAUGGAGGUGCUAGAGAAGAACAUAGAGAAGAAAGUGUAAGCACUCUUGAAAGAAGAAGCAAACUAACAGUGAGAAGAAAGAUGACUAGCAUUUCACAAGAGCCUCAAAACAUAACAAGUCAGCUUCCCAAAUUUGAGAAUUGA